AUGACUCAAGAAGAUUGUUUUCUCUAAAGUAACUGGACUUUGGUGUGUCUAAAUGCAAAUAUGAAUUGCUGCAUCAUUUACAGGAAAUAUUGAGUGGUCUGAUGUAAGAAAAAAAGUCUUUUUGACUUUAGUAAAUGAUUAACUUGUUGAUCUCCAUCAGACAAGAGUAUCAGAGACAGACCAAAAAAGAUAACGGCGAACUGAGCUCAAAAUGAGAGUUCCAGUAAAACUCCUCGGCUUCGUCUUUUGGUUGUUUUUCUUUAAUUGUGGCCAAUGUCAAGACUGUCUUCGAGAGGAUAUCAAAUAUGAAAACACAGAACCAGCUGCGAAAGCUUCAUACAGUGAUGGUGAAACAGUGAAACUGUACUGCAUGAUAGGCUUUACUGGCGUGUAUAGAUUAAAGUGUGAAGAGGGAACAUGGGACACAAUCGUUGAGAGAAAAUGUGCAAAGAAAAAAUGCAGUCACCCAGGAGACACACCAAAUGGUGAUUUUAAUUUUAUCUCAGGAUCAGAGUUUGAUUUUGGAGCAAAAGUGUUGUACACUUGCAAGAAAGGAUUUGAAAUGACAAGCGAAAUCAAUCAUCGUACCUGCAGAGCUCAAGGAUGGGAUAAUACUGUCCCUGUCUGUGAGGCUGUGAAAUGUCCAGCCAUUCGCACAAAUGCGUUUGUGACUGCAUCAGGCAACACAGAAGAGGGAAGUUAUGGUGAUGUUAUCCACUUUGAGUGUGUAUCUGCUGACAAAAAGAUAGACGGAAGUAGUGACAUUCACUGCACAGAGACGGGCGAAUGGAGUGACUCUGUUCCAACAUGCAAAGAGAUAACAUGCACAGCACCUGUUAUAUCAAAUGGUUUUGUUGUUGAGCCAGUGAAAGAAUACCAGAAAGAGGCCAUAUUAAAAUACAGAUGUUCACCAGGGUUCAAGGCUAGAGAGGGUAUCCCCAGAUGUGCUAAAUUUGGCUGGACUCUGAACCCAGGAUGUGAUGAGGUAAUGUGUGUUGCAAACCUGACAGUGAAUAUGAGAUCAGACGAACACCCAGGGCCUGAGAUUUCAGUCAGACCUGGAGACACAAUAACUCUUUCAUGUGUUGGAAGGGAAUUACAAGGACAUAGAAAAAUCACCUGCUUGUCAGAUGGAGAAUGGAACGUCCCAUUCCCUAAAUGUGUAGGAGGGAAAUGUGGGCCACCACCACUUGUGGACUUUGCAGAUACAACAGAAAUGACAACAAGUGAAUACAAUUCAGGGGAGAGAGUUGAAUACAGCUGCUUUAAUAAAUACAUACUGGUUCAGAGUCACCCCUACUCCAAAUACUUGACCUGUGAAGAUGGAGAAUGGAGAGGGAAUAUUAAGUGUUUGAAGCCCUGUUCAGUGUCUGUGGAGUUAAUGGAUGAAAGAGGUAUAGAGCUGCGAUGGGGUGGACGGCAAAACAUAUUCUCACCACAUGGGGAUAUAAUCUCCUUCAAGUGUAAGAGUGGCAAAUAUUCAGUAGGCCUAGGCAAUGACCUAAGAUCAACAUGUAAUGAUGGAGUGAUGAAUUUGCCUCUGUGUGAGUGACAGUGAAUAAAACAUCACUGAAGCAUCAGCUGUAUUAAUAAACAAAAAGAAAUAAAGCAGAUCAAAAUUAA